AUGUCUUCUGCUCCGCCGCCGGAUGGUUCUUCAUCUAACUCGAGCGAUUCGUCUUCGUCAUCGUCUCCACCGACGUCUUCGAAUGCUUCCCCACCUCCUCCAACCGAUAGCACAACUCCGCCGCCACCUGACUCGGAUGAUAACUCGUCUUCGCCUCCUCCGCCGUCUGACUCAGAUGGUUCUCAUCGUUCAUCAUCGCCGCCGCCACCCCCGCCACCGCCACCGCCACCGCCUCCGCCUCCUCCAUCCCGAUCACACAAGUCAUCGUCGUCUUCAAAGCUGCCAGUUAUCAUAGGGGUCGUGGCAGGAAUCGGGAUGUUCUUUGUCCUCAUGAUCAUCGCAUGCAUUUGCUGCUCCAAGAAGAAGAAGAGGAAGUCUCACAAUCCAAUGAAGUACUACGCAAAUGAUUCAGGAUACGACAGUGGGCUUUACAGCAAUGGACCGCACCCGAAUUGGCACAAUGGACUCCAGGGUAUGGACCAUGUAGUUAAAGUGCCGCCACCUCCCGGUUCCUUCCAUGGAGGAGGAGGGUGGCAUGUUCAGCCAGGUCCGACGAUGAUGAGCAGCGGCGAAGUUAGCUCAGCCUAUUCAGGGCCUCAUGGGCCUGCCUUGCCACCUCCCUCUCCCAUCGUCGCACUCGGGUUCAACAAAAGUACCUUCAGCUACGAGGAGCUCGCAGCUGCAACAAAUGGUUUCUCGCAUGCUAAUCUGCUGGGCCAGGGAGGAUUCGGGUACGUCCACAAGGGAGUUCUACCCAACGGGAAGGACAUUGCGGUGAAGCAGCUCAAGUCAGGGAGUGGGCAAGGAGAGAGGGAAUUCCAGGCUGAGGUCGAUAUCAUUAGCCGCGUCCACCAUCGCCACCUCGUCUCUCUCGUCGGAUACUGCAGUGCUGGUUCGCAGAGGAUGUUGGUGUAUGAGUUUGUCCCCAACAAGACUCUUGAGCACCACCUCCAUGGAAAGGGGCUCCCAGUAAUGAACUGGCCGACGAGGCUCAAAAUUGCACUGGGAUCGGCCAAAGGCAUUGCUUACUUGCACGAGGACUGUCACCCUCGAAUCAUUCACCGUGAUAUCAAGUCUGCCAACAUUCUUCUGGACUUCAAAUUUGAAGCCAUGGUUGCAGAUUUCGGGUUGGCCAAGCUGUCGUCGGACAAUUACACUCACGUCUCAACCCGUGUCAUGGGAACAUUCGGGUAUUUGGCUCCUGAGUAUGCGUCGAGUGGGAAGCUGACAGAGAAGUCCGAUGUCUUCUCAUUCGCAGUGAUGCUUCUUGAGCUGAUAACUGGACGAAGACCCGUCGACAACUCGGACGACUUCAUGGACGAUUCCAUGAUAGAUUGGGCGAGGCCUAUUCUAGCUCAAGCUUUGGCCGAAGGACACUACGACGAGUUAGCUGACCCACGCUUAGGCGGCAACUACGAUCCCAUGGAGAUGGCACGCAUGGUGGCAUGCGCCGCCGCCGGCGUUCGCCAUUCUGCGAGGCGACGACCCAAGAUGAGCCAGAUCGUGAGGGCAUUGGAAGGCGACGUGUCACUCGAGGACUUGAACGAGGGAGUCCGGCCAGGGCAGAGCACGCUCUUCAGCUCCGGCUCCGACUACGAGUCGAGCCCCUACACAUCCAGCGGCAACCGUGUCAGGAGGGUCGUGGUUGCGAGCUCCGAGUACAGUGCCGAAUACAGUGGACCGAGCAGUGGAGGACACUCUGGCGAAAUGAGACCUGUUGAAAGCCAAAGACAAAGAGCUCUUCCACAGCUCUGA